AUUUAAAGUUAUUUUAUUAAAUUUAAAGAGUUACGAGUUCGCUGGGCGAUCAUGGUACACUUUUUCUAGCCAGAUCUGGUGGGACGAGACCGUGCGCAAAAAAAACAGCACUGCCACACUGCGCAAUUGGCGUUUUUUUUAGCGCCAUCUAGCUUGCCAUAUCAAUCGUUCGCAACGCGUUGGCAGCGCCGCACUCCUCCGAUGUUUUGAAUACACACUUUUUUCCAUUCUCGCCGUUCACCCCAGACCGAAGAUUUUUAGACAUAAAAAUCUAUGAAAUUAACAACGUUUUACGACUCGACUAGUGCAAAGUCUGCAAAAUUAAACUGUAGUGAUUCUCUUGUGAAGGCGACGACGACAACACAACGCGGUUUGGACUUGAAAGGAUUUCAGUUGAACGAACGAAGAACAGAGGCGUGGAGAGGCGAGCUCCCGGAGGAUUUAAAAUUACGAACGAGAACGAACACUAGCCACUACUAACUAACCUAAAUACCUAAGCUAAGAACUCAACUUCAACUUCAACUCAAACGAAUCCAUUGUGGAAACUGAACUCGAGGAAGCGCAACCAUGACGACGGACAUCUCGAUUGUUCGCUGGGAUCCCAGCCAGGGUCCCGGCAACGAGUACAUCGAUGAGUACGAGUACGAUGGCGGUAACAGCAGCUCCCGCCUGUUCGAACGCUCCAGGAUCAAGGCGUUGGCCGAGGAGCGUGAGAGUGUGCAAAAGAAAACCUUCACCAAAUGGGUAAACUCGCAUCUGUGCCGUGUCAACUGCCGCAUCGCCGAUCUCUAUGUGGAUAUGCGCGAUGGCAAGCAUCUGAUCAAGCUGCUGGAGGUGCUCUCCGGUGAGCGAUUGCCCAAGCCCACAAAGGGCAAGAUGCGUAUCCAUUGUCUGGAGAAUGUCGACAAGGCCUUGCAGUUCCUUCGCGAGCAGCGUGUCCAUUUGGAAAAUAUUGGAUCGCACGAUAUUGUUGAUGGCAAUGCUUCCCUCAAUUUGGGCCUGAUUUGGACCAUCAUCCUGCGCUUUCAAAUUCAGGACAUCACCAUUGAAGAGGUGGACAACAAGGAGACCAAAUCGGCCAAGGAUGCCCUACUGCUGUGGUGCCAGAUGAAGACCGCCGGCUAUCACAACGUCAAUGUCCGCAACUUUACGACAUCGUGGCGCGACGGCCUGGCCUUCAAUGCCAUCAUCCACAAACACCGUCCGGAUCUGGUGCAGUUCGAGAAGCUCUCAAAGACGAACGCCAUCCACAAUCUGAACAAUGCCUUUGACGUUGCCGAGGACAAGCUGGGCCUGGCCAAGCUCCUCGACGCCGAGGAUGUGUUCGUCGAGCAUCCAGAUGAGAAAUCGAUCAUUACCUAUGUGGUCACCUAUUACCAUUACUUUAGCAAGCUCAAGCAGGAAACGGUGCAGGGCAAGCGUAUUGGCAAGGUCGUUGGCAUUGCCAUGGAGAACGACAAGAUGGUCCAUGACUACGAGCACUUCACCAGCGAUCUGCUCAAGUGGAUUGAGACUACCAUUCAGUCGCUGGGUGAGCGAGAGUUCGAGAACUCCCUGGCCGGUGUCCAAGGACAGUUGGCGCAAUUCUCCAACUACCGCACCAUCGAGAAGCCGCCCAAGUUUGUGGAGAAAGGAAACCUGGAGGUGCUCCUCUUCACGCUGCAGUCCAAGAUGCGGGCGAAUAACCAGAAGCCGUACACUCCCAAGGAGGGUAAGAUGAUUUCCGAUAUUAACAAGGCCUGGGAGCGUCUGGAGAAGGCCGAACACGAACGUGAGCUGGCAUUGCGCGAGGAGCUGAUCCGUCAGGAGAAGCUGGAGCAGCUUGCCGCUCGUUUCGAUCGCAAGGCAUCCAUGCGGGAGACGUGGCUGUCGGAGAAUCAGCGUUUGGUUAGCCAGGAUAACUUUGGUUUCGAUCUGGCAGCCGUUGAGGCGGCGGCCAAGAAGCAUGAGGCCAUCGAGACCGAUAUCUUUGCAUACGAGGAACGUGUCCAGGCCGUUGUUGCCGUCUGCGAUGAGCUGGAGUCAGAGCGCUAUCACGACGUGAAGCGCAUCCUGUUGCGCAAGGACAAUGUGAUGCGUCUGUGGACAUACCUGCUCGAGUUGCUGCGCGCACGCCGCAUGCGUCUGGAGAUCUCGUUGCAGCUGCAGCAGAACUUCCAGGAGAUGCUCUACAUUCUGGAUAACAUGGAGGAGAUCAAGCAGCUGCUGAUGACCGACGACUAUGGCAAGCAUUUGAUGGGCGUCGAGGACCUGCUGCAGAAGCACUCCCUCGUGGAGGCCGACAUCAAUAUCCUUGGCGAGCGCGUCAAGGUCGUGGUGCAGAACUCACAGAAGUUCCUCAGCGACGACCCCGAAUCGUACAAGCCCUGCGAUCCCGAGAUCAUUGUGUCGCGUGUCCAACAGCUGGAGGAUGCCUACGCCGAGCUGGUGCGCUUGGCCGUUGAGCGCCGCAGCCGGCUGGAGGAGAGCCGCAAGCUCUGGCAAUUCUAUUGGGAUACCGCCGAUGAGGAGAACUGGAUCAAGGAGAAGGAGCAGAUUGUCUCCACCGAUGAGGUGGGUCACGACCUGACCACCGUCAACCUGUUGCUGAGCAAGCAUAAGGCCCUCGAGUCGGAGAUCACAUCGCACGAUCCCCAGCUGCAGAAUGUGGCCAAGGUUGGCGCCGAGCUGAUCACCGAGGGUCACUUUGGUGCUGAUCGCAUCAAGGACCGCUUGAAGGAGAUCCUCUCCAAGUGGGACCACCUGCUCGAUCUGACCAAAUAUCGGCGCCAGCGUCUGGAGAACGCCGUCGAGUACUUCCAGCUAUUCGCCGAUGCCGACGAUGUUGACAACUGGAUGCUGGAUACGCUGCGCAUCGUUUCCAGCGAAGAUGUGGGCCGCGAUGAGGCCAAUGUUCAGUCCCUGCUGAAGAAACACAAGGAUGUAGCUGACGAGCUAAAGAACUACGCCGAGGUUAUCGAUGCUCUGCACAAGCAGGCCGAGAGCCUGAAGCUCAAUGAGGCAGAGAAGGCUAAUGUAGACAAGCGCUUAGAAGCCAUCGACAACCGCUACAAGGAGCUUACCGAGCUGGCCAAGCUGCGCAAGCAGCGUCUCCUUGAUGCCCUCAGCCUUUACAAGCUGAUGUCGGAGGCCGAUGGAGUCGAGCAAUGGAUCAAGGAGAAGACCAAGAUGCUGGACACAAUGACGCCCGGCAAGGAUAUCGAGGAUGUGGAAAUUAUGAAGCAUCGUUUCGAGGGCUUUGACAAGGAAAUGAACGCCAAUGCCUCUCGUGUCGCUGUUGUCAACCAGUUGGCCCGCCAGCUCCUGCACGUCGAGCAUCCCAACUCGGAUGAGAUCUUGGAGCGUCAGAAUCAUCUCAAUCAGGAGUGGUCGACGCUGCGCGAGAAGGCCGAGGCCAAGAUGGAUGAUCUGAAGUCUGCCCAUGGCGUUCAGACCUUCUACAUUGAGUGCCGCGAAACGAUCUCGUGGAUUGAGGACAAGAAGCGCAUCCUCACCGAAACCGAUAGCCUCGAGAUGGACUUGACCGGUGUGAUGACCCUGCAGCGUCGCCUCAGCGGCAUGGACCGUGACUUGGCCGCCAUCCAGGCCAAACUGUCUAGCUUGGAGCGGGAGGCGAACAGCAUCGAGGAUGAGCAUCCCGAGGAGGCGCAGAUCAUCCGUGAACGCAUUGCCCAGAUCGAAUUGAUUUGGGAGCAGCUCACGCAGAUGCUCAAGGAGCGCGACUCGAAAUUGGAGGAGGCCGGUGAUCUGCAUCGUUUCCUGCGCGACCUCGAUCACUUCCAGACGUGGCUGACCAAGACGCAGACGGACGUUGCUUCCGAGGAUACGCCCACAUCGCUGCCAGAGGCCGAGAAGCUGCUCAACCAGCACCAGUCCAUCCGCGAGGAGAUCGACAAUUACACCGAGGACUACAAGAACAUGAUGGAGUACGGUGAGCGUCUGACCUCCGAGGGCAGCACUUCGGACGACCCGCAGUACAUGUUCCUGCGCGAGCGCCUCAACGCCCUGAAGGACGGCUGGGAGGAGCUGCAUCAGAUGUGGGAGAACCGACAGGUGUUGCUGUCGCAGAGCCUCGACCAGCAGCUCUUCAAUCGAGAUGCCCGCCAGACCGAGGUGCUGUUGAGCCAGCAGGAGCACUUCCUCAGCAAGGACGAUACGCCGGUUAAUCUGGAACAGGCCGAGAACCAACUGAAGCGUCACGAAGCCUUCCUCACCACCAUGGAGGCCAACGAUGACAAGAUCAAUACACUGCUCCAGGUGGCCGACACCCUGGUGGAGAAGGAUCACUUCGAUGCCGAUAAGAUUGGCAAGCGGGCGGAGAAUAUCACUGGACGACGUGAUGAUAACCGCCAGCGCGCGUUGGAUCAGCACGAGAAGCUAAAGAACCAGGUGAAGCUGCACGAGUUCCUGCAGGAUCUUGAGGAGCUUGCCGAGUGGGUGCAGGAGAAGUAUGCCACGUCGCAGGAUGAAUCAUACAGGAGCGCCAAGACCAUCCACUCGAAGUGGACGCGCCACCAGGCCUUCGAGGCGGAGAUAGCCGCCAAUAAGGAGCGCCUCUUCGAGGCCGAAAAGUCCGCCCAGGAGCUGUCUAAGGAGAAGCCCGAAUUCAAGGACGUGAUCGAGCCGAAGCUGAAGGAGUUGGCCAAGCAGUUCGAUGACUUGGAGGUGCACACCAAGGAAAAGGGCGCCAUGCUCUUCGAUGCCAACCGUGAAGUGCUCGUCCAGCAGACCUGCGACGACAUUGACUCAUACAUUACCGAUCUGGAGAAGCAGAUCGUUAGCGGCGACACUGCUAACGAUCUGACAUCGGUCAACAUUCUGAUGCAGAAGCAACAAGUCAUCCAAACGCAGAUGGCGGUGAAGGCCCGUCAAGUGGAGGAGAUCGACAAGCAGACCGAAUAUCUGCAAAAGACCGUUCCGGAGGAGAAGAUCGAACCGAUUGUGGUGAAGAAGACCGCCGUGCUGGAGCGUUUCGAGAAGAUCAAGGCGCCGCUGUUGGAGCGACAGAAGGCGCUCGAGAAGAAGAAGGAGGCCUUCCAGUUCUGUCGCGAUGUCGAGGAUGAGAAGCUCUGGAUCGAUGAGAAGCUGCCGGUGGCGAGUAGCUCCGACUAUGGCAACUCCCUGUUCAAUGUCCAUGUUCUUAAGAAGAAGAACCAAUCGCUGGCCACCGAAAUCGAUAACCAUGAGCCACGCAUCAAUGCCAUCUGCAACAAUGGCCGCAAGCUGAUCGAUGAGGGUCACGAGGAUGCCAAGAAGUUCGAGGCGCUGAUCAGUGAUCUUACCCAGAAGUGGCAGGAGCUCAAGGACGCCAUUGAGAACAGGCGCAAGCAUCUGCUGGAGUCCGAGAAGGUGCAGCAGUACUUCUUUGAUGCCCAGGAGGCUGAGUCGUGGAUGAGCGAACAGGAACUCUACAUGAUGGUCGAGGACCGCGGCAAGGACGAGAUCAGUGCCCAGAAUCUGAUGAAGAAGCACGAGAAUCUGGAGCAAUCGGUGGAGGACUAUGCCAACACCAUUCGCCAGCUGGGCGAGGUGGCUCGACAAUUCAGUGGUGACGAUGUCUCCUCCGGCGACGCUGUUGCCGUCAAGCAAUCGCAGCUGGACAAGCUCUAUGCCGGGCUCAAGGAUCUAGCCGGUGAGAGGAGAGCACGCCUCAACGAGGCCCUGCAGCUGUUCAUGCUCAGCCGCGAAGUGGACGAUCUGGAGCAAUGGAUCACGGAUCGGGAGGUCGUUGCCGGUUCACAGGAGCUGGGCCAGGACUUUGAUCAUGUGACGCUGCUGUCGGAGCGCUUCAAUGAGUUCGCCCGCGACACAGAGGCUGUGGGCGGCGAGCGGGUGGCCAAGGUGAACGGCAUUGCCGACAAUCUCAUCCAGGCCGGACACUCGGACUCUGCCACCAUUGCCGAAUGGAAGGACAACCUGAACGAGUCGUGGCAGGAUCUGCUGGAACUGAUCGACACCCGAACCCAGAUGCUUGCCGCAUCACGGGAGCUGCACAAAUUCUUCCACGACUGCAAGGAUGUUCUUGGACGCAUCCUCGAGAAGCAGCACGGCGUUUCCGAUGAGCUGGGACGCGAUGCCGGUUCCGUGUCGACGCUGCAGCGCAAGCACUACAACUUCUUGCAGGACCUCACCACACUGUACUCGCAGGUGCAGCAGAUCCAGGAGGAGUCCGCCAAGCUGCAGGAUGCCUAUGCCGGCGACAAGGCAAAGGAGAUCACCAAUCGGGAACAGGAGGUGCUCCAUGCCUGGGACAAUCUGCAGGCGAUGUGCGAUGCGCGCAAACAGAAGCUGGCCGACACGGGUGACCUGUUCCGCUUCUUUAACAUGGUGCGCAUCCUGAUGAUCUGGAUGGAGGACCUCGUCCGCCAGAUGAACACCUCGGAGAAGCCGCGCGAUGUCUCCGGCGUGGAGCUGCUGAUGAACAACCACCAGAGCCUAAAGGCAGAGAUCGAUACGCGCGAGGAUAACUUUGCGGCGUGCAUCUCGCUGGGCAAGGAGCUACUCACCCGGAAUCAUUAUGCCACCGCGGAGAUCAAGGAUCGACUGCUGCAGCUAAGCAAUAGCCGGAAUGCCCUGCUUCGACGCUGGGAGGAGCGCUGGGAGAAUCUUCAGCUGAUCCUGGAGGUCUACCAGUUCGCCAGAGACGCUGCCGUGGCCGAGGCCUGGCUUAUUGCCCAAGAGCCUUACCUGCUCUCCUCGGAGCUGGGCCACACCAUCGAUGAGGUGGAGAAUCUGAUUAAGAAGCACGAGGCCUUUGAAAAGUCUGCCGCCGCUCAGGAGGAGCGCUUCAGUGCUCUUGAGCGUUUGACAACAUUUGAGCUUAAGGAAAUGAAGAGGCGCCAGGAGCUGGCAGAGGAGGCCGAGCGACAGCGCAUCAAGGAGGAGCAGGAGGCCAAGGCCGCCUCGGAGGCGGCGGAAUUGGCCAAACGAGAGGCUGAGCGACGCGACGACGUCGACGUUGGAGCAUCGCACGAUGAUUCAGCCGGCAAAGACACGGCCGUCGAAUUUGAGCGCGUUGUCGAGAUCCAAACAGAACGAGGCGCUACACCAGCCGCUGGCGAAGGCCAGGAGGGCUAUGUGACAAGGAAGCACGAAUGGGAUUCGACCACCAAGAAGGCCUCAAACCGAUCUUGGGAUAAGGUUUACAUGGCUGCCCGUGCCGGACGCAUUUCGUUCUUCAAAGAUCAGAAGGGUUACAAGAGUAAUCCCGAAUUGACCUUCCGCGGUGAGCCCAGCUACGAUCUGCAAGGAGCUGCCAUCGAUGUUGCCACUGAUUACACCAAGAAGAAGCAUGUGCUGCGAGUGAAGCUCGCCAAUGGUGCCGAGUUCUUGCUGCAGGCCCAUGAUGACAACGAGAUGUCCCAGUGGGUGUCAUCCCUGAAAGCCCAGAGCGAUUCGGCAGCGGUGGCCGCCAGCAGAUCCCAGACUCUGCCUGCCACCUCACAAAAGGAUGAACCAAAGCGCCGAUCGUUUUUUACUUUAAAGAAAAAGUAAACUAAAAAGCCUAAACGCUAAAACGCUAAACGCAACCAUUAAGCAAGAGCAGCUAAUUAAAACAAAAAAAUAAUAUAUAAUAUAAUACAGCAAAGAAAAGAAGGGAAAGUAAAACGACAAAAAUUAUACAAGAGGAAAGAAAGAUGACGACGGAAAGAAGCAAAUAUAUAUAUAUUUUUUUUCAUA